AUGGGCAGCGUUGAAAAUAGAAUCCUCAUCACUGGGGCAUCGGGCCAGUACGGGCGUCUCGCUAUCGAGGGACUACUGGCGAAGGGAAUUUCUCCGUCGUCACUCCUCCUCCUCACCCGAGAUCCUGCAAAGCUCUCAGACUACGCCUCAAAUGGUGCAUACAUUCGGAAGGGCUCCUUUGAUGAUCCCAUAGACGAACUCGCGGAGGCCUUUACGGGGGCAGACAUCAUGCUUUUUAUUAGCACGUCCAGAGCUGGACAGAGGCUACCGCAACAUCAAGCGGCCGUGGACGCCGCUGUCAAAGCAGGCAUUAAGCACAUUGUGUAUACUUCGAUAUUGUCCGCACACUUGGAAAAUCCGACUGCCCUUGUCGCAAAAGAACAUAGGGCUACAGGCAAUGGUCUCUACUGGACUGCACUUCGUGACGCUCAAUACUCGGAGGCCCUCACUGAUGUGGCUGGACCCCCAGCUUUUAAAGCAGGGGUACUGCGCGUCAACGCCGGGCAGGGGAAAAUGGCGUUCAUCAGCCGAGAUGACUGUGUUGCGCCCGCCGUGAAUAUUCUCGCUGACCCUUCUUCCCAUCGCAACAAAGCAUAUCACAUCACAGGCCCUGAGCUCUUGUCUUGGGGUGACGCAGCCAGGAUCAUGGGGGAGACUGUCGGCAAGACUCUGUACUACGAGCCCUUGACGGAUGACGAGCAGCUUGCGAUUUUUGAUGCAAUGGGAAUCCCAAGGGAGCCCAUUGAUGGAUUUGUUGUCGAUGGCAACCCAUGGAACAGUUCAGAUAUGGUUUCCUUCACAAAAGCGACAAGACUUGGAGAGUUUGAGAUUAUUUCCGAUGACGUGCAAAAGCUCACACUCAAGAAGCCCAAGACUUUCAGAGAGGUCUGCGAGCAGCGGCUAGCAGCACCAAAGCCAUAA